AUGGCGUCAAUUUCCGCUACAGACAAGCUGGCCAACGUUAGGAAAGUGAUGACUCGCAGUAUGACAAUAGCAGCAGCGAGUGGUUGGGAAUGGAAGGGACAAUAUCCCUCCCCAAUGGAGGCCAAUGGGAUUAUUCUACGGAAUCACCCGUACAGGGAACAGGGGUUUGCAAGGUUCAAAUUCAUCUGCUAUCCGUUGGGACCCCAACCAGUCUCCCCUGUUAAUGUUGUGGAGUUCGAACAUUUGGUUCAAUUAGUGGAGGAGAGGGGUCGAAGGAUUCGUUCAAUGAAACUGGCUCGACAGUCAGGCUAUCGCGACCUAUUAUGGGAUAAAGAAGGAUGCCCUGAUUGGGAAAGAGCACAUUUCGAUGGCAAAACAGACAAGGUUGUGACAAUAUGUACUCGAUAUCCAUGUCGUGAAAUAGAGAUCGUGUUUUGUGAUAAGUCACUGCCGAGGCUAGAAGAGGCACUCAACAUUUUGUCGUUAAAGCGUUCACGAUGUGCUGCUGACAGACCUGAUCCAACAUAUUAUGAUAUUCUAUCUGUGGAUGCUUUGAGUGUUGAAAAAAUAAAUUCUACAACCGAUGAAACAGUGUGCCGGCGCUGUAAUAUUGCCCAACCUACCCCCAUCUCGAAACGCACAAUUUCAUACAUUCCGCGAGGCCCUGGACAAUAUUACCAUCAUCUCAGCAACAUAGCACAGCACCGCACCUGUCGAUUAUUUUCGAACUUCUCCGUCGCCAUCAAAAUCCGAACCAUGAAAGACGAUGUCGUACUCGACACUUGCCUCUGGGACGACAUAUGGCUUCCAGUGCCAAAGUUAGAUAUUGAGCCAAACGGACCCCUGAGAUUGCUCAACAUGAUCCUGGAUCCCAAAGAUCCAUGCAAUGACAAAAAAAUCAUCUCGACGCAUGACCCGAGGAUUGCCUUCAACACUACCGUUUUCGAGUUGCCAAACAUGGACAAUUCAGAACGCCUUCUCACUAGAGGUGCCAGUAACGUCCAACAUCCUGAAAUUUAUGGACGCGGCGACGCCGUCAGUCUUGACUGUUUCUGCAGGUCUCUCAAAAUCACCACUGUCAAUGAUGAGUCCAUACUGGAGAGUAUUCGGACGAGAGCAGCGGAGCCAAGAGUGAGUGAAGCCCUGGAAGACAUUCAUAGUAACCCUGCGUCCAGGCCUCUUUAUAUUAUCACUGGGAUUAAAGUCGCUACGGGGGAAACUAUGGAUAGCGUGUGGCGUCAGUGGCCGGAGAGCAGAGCUCGUAUGGGUCAUGGUAACUAUCCUGAAGAGGAGGUGAAAAGCAUUACCGCAGUACCAGGAAGUAAGACGUUGGAAGUACGCGAACAUAGUGACUAUGUUGAUUUUAGAACCGUGGUUGAUCUUCUGCAAGACAUGGGUCGUGUGGAGGCGCCUCUUGUCCAGACGGAAUGA